AUGCUUCAUUAUGCCACAAUAAUGGAACGCAAAGGUCCAUUGUGGAAUAUGAAUUGCAUGAGGCCAGAAAGUAAAAACCGAGAUUCUAAAAUAACAUCUCGCAUAACUCUUAAUCGUACCAAUAUUUCAAAAACGCUUGCUAUUAAAUCGCAGUUAAUUUUAAACCAUCGAUUGAGGAAUAGAUUGGUUAGUAAUAAACUGUAUGAGAGUAAUAAAUCCACAUUAAAGUCAGUACCCGAAUUACAAGAAUAUUGUUCAUAUGCCAAGUUAUUAUCUUUCUCACUUUCGGACAAGGUUACUGAAUUUGAUUUUAUCACAUUUAGGGGUAAGGACAUUCAAAAAAAUGUGAUAUUAAUGAUGCUGACAGAAUCAGACCGUUGCUUCUUCAACGUGCAUGCUAUUUUUGAAGAUAAUGCUAAUACUUUAUUCAUAGUUCCUAAAGAUAUUACUGAAUUCAUUUAUUACGAUGAACAUUUCCAAUCAUAUAGACUUCACGGAAGCUCUAUUAAUGUUAAAAAUUGGAAGAUUUUAAAUAUUCAAGAUCUGAAAUACUGUAAUGUUAGCCGUAUUUGUUUCAGUGGUAAUGGAUUUCAGUAUAUUCCAAAAAGAUGGAUUUAA